CUGAGACUACAGAAACCUCGUUUUAGUUCUAAUUGGGUCAAGAGUCAAAGGCUAGAAUGGCGACCAAAGAUCAAGCAAAACGUAAAACAGAGAAAGUUCAAAAGAUCUUUUUUGACGAGUUUUUUGUACUGCCACAUCCACUAUGGAUGAUCAUCAUAUCGUUUGGUUUGUGGCUUUUGGUUACGACUACAAUAACUCCUGAUAAAGUACCGUCCUUCCUCGGACCAUUGGCAACAUUUUCUCGAUUUCUGGGUAAAAGUCAUCCUUUGAUUUGUAAUUUAAUAUGUAUAUUUACUGUAUUAGCUCAUUGUGGUGAAGCGUUGUAUGCCAGUAAACUUUGUCAGGAUAAAGGAAUGUCAGUCAGUGCAUCUAUAAAAUGGACAUUAAGCACUAUGAUUUUUGGAUUUUCGUCUCUGAUACGGUUAAAACCUCAUAAAUCAACAGCUAAAAUAGAAUAAAGUGAAAGAUUAGUGUGUCUUAUGAUUAUAAUUAUACUGCUGGUGAUUGGACAGUCUACAUUCCAGAACUUUGUUUUAUAAAAACUCACAACAAUUUCUUUUCCUAAGAUUUUUUGAGCAAAUGGAUCCAGUGCCUUGUUUUAGAAAAAAUCCUGACUAAUAUUUGUGAUUUGUGUAAAAUUUUAUGGUUUUAGCCUGGUCUGAUUCUGGAGAGAUUAAUUUUUAAAAACUUGUGGAACCAUGAUGGUGCAAUUUACUUUAAAAUAAUCGUUUUAUAUGGAAUCUAAUUUAAGGUUGACAAGUUAAUUUUUUGACCAGAAUCGCAAGGUAUGGUUCACAGCUUUUGUUUACUAUUUUUGUUUAGGCUUAAAAAAUAAACCAUUUCCCCAAAUUACAAACAAUAGUUGAAAAGAAACCUUCAUGACUGAUGUGAACUACUUAUGAGUUAGAGAUUAGUUUUUUUCGUGAAACAAGCUGUGGAUUGUGAACAGAUCAAAUUUCCAUGUUCUUUUUAUUUAUAAUGAUGAUCUCGAUAUUAAAAAUUAUCUGCUCCGAGCUGCCAAAACAUAGCUUAAAAUAUUUUAAAUAGUUAUAUCUAAUUCUUUGUGGUUAUUUUUUAUCAUGUUAAUGUGAAUGCUGGUCACAAUAUGAUAUAGUGCUAUGAUUCAAAACAUUGUGAAGACAAGUUUGUCUAAAUACCUGGUUUUGUAAAAAAAAUAGAACGGACCAGACCAGACCAGGGAAUACAAUGCAUGUAUCAUAGCAAGUUAUAUUGCGAUGUUGAAAUAUCUUAGUGCCAGUACUAAUAGACAAGCUUAUUAUAAUCUUUGUAAGACAUAUAGAAGCAGGAAGGUAAACAAUAUAACUUGUGUUCUUAAAGUUUAUUAUGUGUUUGUUUGGUAUGUAAAAAAAACAAAGAAUAAUUUUUAUUACUGGUAUUAACAAUAAAUAUUGGAAAAUAACUUGAUAUGUACUAAUAUCACACACAUUUUGCAAAAUUUCCCUCAUUGCACACUUUGUGUUGGAUUUUGAUUUUGUUUUAUGAUUUGAACUGAUAUCACCUUCCAACUCAGCCAUAAAACUCAGUCCUAGUGCAUUAAAUAUUGCCAUGACAACUGCUGUAUCAAAUAAAACACAGGUAAAAUUU